GAUGAAAUUAAAAUUUCCAUCUUGACACUUGACAAACUCCAAACGCGUUACUGCUGGGAAUUUGAUCCCAAGCCUAUCAACUCUUCUUUGCGUCCAACUGUUACUUCUCCCUCUCCGCAUUCCAUGACGGACAGCAAAUUGACCGCUGCCUGGCGCAAUGGACGGUGAUCCCGUGGUUGAGCCGGAGCUCGACUCCUUCAGCUUGACCUUUCCCCUUCCCUACCGGGUUGCCUUCAUCGUGAUCAUAGCUGUUUGGGGCUGGGGCCUCAACCUUCACUUCCUCCAUAAUCGCAAGAUCGACGUCCCCUCCUUAAUCCGGUACCCAGGAAGAUCGAGCCCAACCCAGCUCCCUCACCACCACUCGACAUACCGUCUUGCGACUCUUCUUUCGCUAAGCUCCGCUGUUUCGAUUCUCACAUUUUGGUCGUUUACCAGGCGCGAUCCAAAACGCGUUAUCGACUAUGACUGGAUUCCCAUGACCAACUUGGCAGUGACCGCAGCCCUCUUCGUGCUACCCCUGCGAAGACUGUCUGUUUCGCACUCCGGUCGACGUCGACUACUCGCAACUCUGCGCCGCGUCAGUGUGGGAGGUUUGGCUGAGGCCAAGGAUGGAAAGUUUGGGGAUAUCUUGCUGGCUGAUGUUCUCACCAGCUACGCCAAGGUCCUUGGGGACCUGUUCAUAUGUCUCUGCAUGUUCUUCACGCGGAAUGGGUCUGCUACUGACCGACCCGAUCGCAGCUGCGGCGGCACCUAUCUCGUACCACUUCUCCUGACGAUACCAAGCGCUAUUCGGCUGCGCCAGUGUCUUAUCGAAUAUCUGCGCGUGCGAAAUUCCCCUUUCAAGGAGUCCACGGGCUGGGGUGGACAACAUCUCGCCAACGCGGCCAAGUACUCGACCGCGUUUCCUGUUAUCAUUCUAAACGCCAUGUUGCGUAACGCAAACACCAGCGGUACCCCAACUACGAGCCUGUACCGUGCAUGGAUUGUUGCGUGUCUGCUCAACUCACUCUACAGCUUUUACUGGGACGUUGCCAAGGAUUGGGAUCUCACCCUCUUUGCUGGGGCACAGGAACGCAAUUCUCCCGAUCAUCCGUUUGGUCUGCGGCGCCGCUUGCUGAUCCAUAAGCCCGUGGUGUACUACUUCGUCAUCGCGCUGGAUCUGGCACUACGGUGCACAUGGAUGAUCAAGCUGCACCCCCAUCUCAAUACCAUUAGCGACUUCGAGAGUUCGAUCUUUUUGAUCGAGUUUUGUGAAGUGUUCCGGCGGUGGGUGUGGAUCUUCUUCCGGGUUGAGACCGAAUGGAUCCGGAACACUUCAACCGGGCUCGGCGUUGACGACAUUUUGAUGAGCAACUUCAAUACUAGGAACGAGGACGAGGAGUACGUGGACUAAGUCUCACUUGCCAUACCUCUGCGGCACUAACCAUCAGAACCUGGAUGUCCGCGUGUUGCCGCCACGGACAUUUGCUUUGUUUUGGAUGGAAAACGGAAUGCUGGAAAAUCCGAGUAUCAUACGCCGUCACACGGUUGGUUUACAACAUCGGCGUUCGGGUCGUUUUUUGGUUCACCCACCCCAGUGAUAUAGAUGUACUCUCCAAAGAAAGCUCACACAAAUCUACGACUAAUAGUGAUUCGGAUCCUCGAACACGUUGCUUUUUUCUUCGGUGUUCCAAUCCUACCCUUGUCCCCAUCGGGGUUGCUUCCGAGGCUACACAACUCUUCAAACACCCGUUGGUACCGGACCUAUCACGGCAAUCCCGCCCCUCAAGAGGCUGCCCGAAAUGCUUACAUAGUGUGUCUGUACGACAGCCCAGCAUCUGGAGGAGACGUUUCCCAAUAGGAUGGACGGCGCGUAAUUCCAGCGUAUCACUUGUAAUCCAUUCCAAUUGUCACAAGACACAGGAUAACGAAUACCGCAAAAAGUCCUCGUGUGGUCGUGACACCAUAUGAUUCAGUCCUCCUUCUAUCCGACAUCUGGAAACCUUGAAGUGGUAUUGCGGAGCAAAGGCCCCGUUGUCCUCUAGACAAAAGCUGCCGUCUUCCUCAAGCCAUUAGAUUUUGUUGAGGAGUGGCUUUUGAUUCAUUUCUGACGUUUCCCUUUAAAUCCCUA